AUGUUUCCAUCCAUGUCUCCCGAGCACUCAGCUAGAGACCCCAGGCAGCGUGGCAAGAUCCCCAACGGUGUGCGUAAGCCUAAACGACAAGAGCGGUCCACUCUGGACGAGGCCUACCUGGCCUACUUGGCUGCUCAUGCCAGCCAAAGCAGCGAGGCGGGUAACUGUCGGCCCCAACCUGUCAAUUCUCAGGCCAGGCCUACCCCCUGCUGCUCUGCCACUCCCAACACUGACACACCAGUACCUACCAGGCAGGAGCCAUGCUCCUCGCCGGAUGAGGCCACUAGCGAUACCUCUACUCCACCAUCUGAAAGGAGACCACGUCGGAGUAGCUGCCGUCCCGCAGAGGUCUACGAGGCAUACCCUGCCUCCCAGGGUAGCUGUCCUGGUGCCGCUACUGAUGAACACCAACAUUCUGCUUUCACUCAUACACAACUCACUGAUGUCCAGUCCAGUGAGACCACUCGCACGUCUUCGGCACCAGCCCACAGCCAUACCCCUUCUGCCAUUCAGUCCACUGAGAGUGACAGCUCUCCACCUCUAAUCAGACGCCCCCGACGUCGCAUAAAACGGUCAGUACGCCAUCGUACCCCCACCGCUAUCUGCACCACGCCAUCUCAGAGCAGCACUCCCACCAGCAACAUCAUUGCCUCCACUAGCAACAUCCACCCUCCUAUGCCAACCAUAGCCGACACCGAGGUUUACAACAACGCUCCUGACCCUCCUCCUAGCACUUCCACCACCAGCUCCAACCACCAGCCUUACAGCUGCACCGCCACCAUCCCACCAGCCAGUCAGCCCUCCACUAGCCCCCCAGCCUGGGUAAUGGCUUGGAGAACACGCUUUGACUGUGCACUGGACGAGGACAUGCUGGAGGACAUGGUGCAUGACUUAGUUGACUUGGCCCCUCAACGCCAUAUCCAGACCACCAACCGUCAACGUCGCCGUCACCCUCCGCCUAACCAUCGCACCAACAACAGGCCACGGAGGUACAGCGCCGCAGAGGCCAGUAGACUACAACGCCUCUACAGGCUCAACAAACGUAAGGCCUUCGAAGAGGUCACCCAUGGCAACGAGCGUUUCUGUCAAAUAGACAAUAUAGCUCUAACCAACCACUUUUCUAAAGUCUACAGCCAGGGUGUUCAGACCGCACCACUUACCAAUCUACUGCCAUCUCCACUUGUCCCAGCUACUGACGACCCUCUUACUGGCACUUUCACUCCUGACGAGGUUGCCAGCAGGCUUGCCAGGUGCCACAACACUACCCCUGGUCCUGAUGGUGUCCGUUACCACACCUGGCGGCGUCUCGACCCACAGGGCCACAUCCUGGCAGCCCUCUUCAAUGCGGUUCAAUGCAUUGGUGUCGUCCCCACUAGCUGGAAGACAUCAACCACCAUCCUCAUACACAAAAAAGGUGACCGUAACGAGAACGACACCAUCUCCACCGCGCAGAAAGGAUUUGUAAGGUUCGAUGGCUGUUCAGAGCACACAUUCACGCUCCAGUCGGUGAUCCAGGAUGCCCGGCGUAAAAACAAAGAGUGCCACGUCGCCUGGCUCGACCUUGCAAACGCCUUUGGUUCGGUGCCUCAUGCCACCAUCAUCAGUUGCCUCAAAUGGUGCGGUCUAGCAGCCCCCUCCAUCCAGGUGAUCGAGGACCUACUACAUGGCUGCCACACUCGGAUCCGGUCCAGCUCAGGUCUUACUGACCCAAUCCCCAUCUUGGCGGGGGUAAAACAGGGCUGCCCGCUUAGCCCGAUACUCUUUAAUUUAGUCGUAGAACCAGUGCUUCGGAUGCUAUCAGGACUUCAGACUGGUUAUUCUAUUCACGGGCGCAGCAUCUCCGUAUUGGCUUAUGCGGACGACAUUACCAUCACCAGCCCUACCGUCAGUGGACUACAACAGCAACUGAACCUCCUUACCUCCUGGGCCAUCCACAGCGGUCUGACCUUUAAUCCCGCCAAAUGUGCCACCCUCUCGAUAACUGGCAAGUACUACUGCACCGAUCACCGCUUUAAAAUCCAAGAGACAGACAUUACCAUACUUCAGAAGCAUGACCACUAUAUGCACUUGGGAGUCCCCACGGGCUUUACCAUCGGGAAGUCCGCCACUGCUGUCGUUGAAGGAAUCCUCAACGACCUGAAACUUGUCGACAAUUCCUGCCUGGCGCCAUGGCAGAAAAUCGACAGCAUCAACACUUUUUUGACAUCUCGCCUUGUCUUCCACCUCACACUGGGCAACGUCUCCAAAAAAGCGCUCAACAACCUUGACAAAAACAUCAAGAGGUACGUUAAAAGAUGGAUGAACCUCCCACAGCGUGCUUCACCGGAGGUCGUCCACAUGCCUAACGCUCAAGGAGGCGUUAACGUCUCGCCAUGCACUAUACUCGCCGAUGUUGCACAAGUGAGUCAUGCGGUUAAUCUUUUCCUAUCUAGAGACCAUGACGUCACCAGCCUCGCCACCAAUACACUUAAGAAAGUGGUAGAGAAACGUCUUCGGCGUGUGCCAAGCGAUACCGACUUAUGCACCUACCUGGCUGGAUCCAUGGAGGGCGAGUUUGGAUGUGACCCAUACGACAUCCCCUCCCUCUGGACCCGGCUCAGGAUGGCCACACGUCGGCUACGCACCCGCAUUAACAUCGAAUGGCACCCCAAUGAUGUCGGAACUCUUACUCCUUCUGUUCACGGCAAACUUCUAAACAAAACCAAUACAGCUAGCUCCAUCACCAACGCUAUCAAGUCCACCUUUCUGACGGCCCUACUGCAUAAGCCUGAUCAAGGCAAGGCUUUUCGCCUGACCGCAGGCAACCCGAAUUCUAACCACUUCCUCUGGGACGGCAACUUUGUCAGCUUCGCCGACUGGAGGUUCGUACACCAAGCUAGACUCAGCGUUGUCCCUCUCCGUGGCCACUGCCGUUUCGGCAACGCAUCUCAGAACUGCUUUCGCUGUCAAAGGCACAGAGAGACAUUGGCACAUGUGAUUAAUCACUGUCCGCCUAAUUUCUCCCUCAUCACCAAGAGGCACAAUGCCAUACUUAACCGCCUCCUAAAUGCCUUUGACUGCAAACACGCAACCGUAUAUACAAACCAACGUGUCCCAGGAUAUACAGGAAACUGCAGGCCCGACAUCGUCAUCAUCAACCAGUCACCAAAAACAGCAACCAUCGUCGAUGUGGCCACACCGUUUGAGAACGGCGAAGAUGCAUUCAACAAUGCCCGCAAGGAGAAAGUCCAGAAAUACGCAGACCUCGCCGCCUACUUCCGAGACCAGGGCUUCGACACCUUCAUCGACGCCUUCGUCGUUGGCGCACUUGGAGGAUACGACGCCGCCAACGAGGGAGUCAUCCAACGCCUGGGCAUCUCUAGACGGUACGCCAAACUCAUGCGCUUCCUUAUGGUGAGCGACUGCAUCAAGUGGAGUAAGGACAUCUAUAUGCAGCACCUCCUCGGUCGUCGCCAGCCCUAA